CACGGGUCCAAGGUGAGAGCAUACAGUUGCGUCGGAAGUUCUCAGAACUGUGUCGAUAGUUGGUUGCAGCAGCGAGCCCUUGAUGUAGGUCAUCCGCCCGCCAAGACGCUCGAAGACACAAAUAAUAUGAUUCUCCUCGGCUCGAGGGAUGUCAUGGCACGGACAGGCGUUCUCCCCUACACCAGCUUUCGUCGGGUGAAAACUCCUAAGGGGAAAUAUUUUUGGUGUAUUGCAUUCGCUUGUAACGAUCCUUGGGAGCAGUUAUCGACCCACGUACCGCCGGAAGAAAAAUAUAAGGCAUUGAAGGAGGCGCUGGGGAGGGAAGGCCCGCCUCGCUGGUAUCGGGCUAUCUGAAACAAACCGUCUGCAAGCCACAAAUCCCGUCGAAUUGCCA